AUGUGCUCCAUAUUUUACCGCGCAGACUUCACCUGCUACAUCUAUCGCCUACAACAUCACGAGGAUCAUCAUAAGCCCACAAACCAAACUGUAUCAGCAGCCGAAAAGACAAGAAAACACUUGCCUUUCGCCAUCGGAGAGGCUCAUCGAGAGUCAUGUGAUGUAUUCAGCGGGAGGUGGGUUCGCGACAAUGGACGGCCGUUGUACGAGGAAUGGGAGUGUCCGUAUAUCGAACCACAAUGGAGAUGUGAAGAGCGAGGGCGGCCGGACAAGGAGUAUUUGCAUUGGAGAUGGCAGCCAAAUGGCUGUUCCACCCCAAGGUUCAAUGCGACAUUGAUGCUCGAAACUCUUCGAGGAAAGAGAAUGAUGUUUGUGGGCGACUCUUUGAAUCGAGGCCAGUUCCUCUCCAUGGUCUGUCUUCUGAAUAGGGUUAUCCCAGAAAACGAUAAAUCCCUGGAAAAUUUUGGUAUAUCUGUUGUUUUCACAGCCAAGGAUUACAAUGCAACCGUGGAGUUCUACUGGGCACCGUUUCUUCUUGAAUCGAAUUCAGAUGCAGUCAUACACAGAAUUAGUGAUAGAAUAGUACGAAAAGGGUCGAUCGACAAGCAUGGGGAGCACUGGAAAGGAGUGGAUGUAAUAGUAUUCAACACUUACCUGUGGUGGAUGACCGGCCUGGAAUUCAAGAUACUACGAGGAUCGUUUGAUGAUGAAGAGAAAGACAUUGUCCUGUUGCCCACAGAGGAAGCUUAUCGGAUGGCCAUUCACAGCAUGUUGAGAUGGGUGAAGAAAAAUAUGAAUCCGGAGAAGACAAGAGUGUUUUUCAUGAGCAUGUCCCCUACACAUGAAAAGAGCAUUGAUUGGGGAGGCAAUCCAAAAGGCAGCUGCUACAAUGAAACGAGAAUGAUAGAAGAUCCGACAUACUGGGGAUCAGAUUGUCGGAAAAACAUAAUGCACGUGAUUGAAGAAGUAUUAAGCAAAUCCAGGGUUCCCAUUACUUUUCUGAACAUUACGCAGCUCUCAAGUUACCGAAAGGAUGCACAUACAUCGAUUUAUAGAAGGCCGUGGAAGCCUUUAACCCCUGAAGAGCUUGCAAAUCCGAUGAGCUACGCAGAUUGCGUUCACUGGUGUUUACCUGGCCUUCAAGAUAUUUGGAAUGAGCUUCUCUUUUCAAAACUUCUCUAUCCCUAA